UGCAAUAAAGUUAUUGAUUAUUGAGUAUUGAGUCAUCUAGCAAGUAACUUUUUUUCAUUUUCCAUUCGUCCCUUCUGUUAUUUUUUACUCUUUGAAAGAUUCGCUCUAUAUAAUUUGUCUCGAUUAUUUGUUUUUCUAAUAAAUAGGCUAAGGUUGGACUGCUGGCAGCUUAAACGGAGUCCGUUGCUCGAUGUAGUGCACGAAAAACGAGAAAAUGAAGAUUUUUGUCGGUGGUUUGUGUAUCAACGUUUUGUUUUUGGUGAUAUCGGACGCAGUUCCUGUAAAAAUUGUACCAGGAGAUCGGAAAGUAGUGAAAAAAGAUGGAACCACACAUACCAUAUCGAGAUAUUACCUUGUCCCAAACGAUUUCAACGAUAGCAGUAAUGGACCAGCUGUGAAAAAAAUAUCACUAAGAACAGAAGAGGAAAAUGGUAGACAAGAUGAUUUAAAUGAAAAAGGAAAAAAAAGAAAAGCUAGUCAAGUAAAUGUUAGUAUAAAACACAAAGGCAGAUCUCAUGUAAGCGCCGUGGAUGCUGAAGCACGGGUAUCAGAAAACACACAACCAAAUAUUCCUAACAAUUCACUUCGCGUUCUAGUUGAACCUAUUACUAUUAGAACAGACAUCACCGUCAAACUCAACGAAACAGAACGUCCUGAAGGAGUAUCAGUUGAAACAAUUCCAGAUGUUACUGACAAUACACAGGAUUUUGAUAUUACCAAAAAACAAGAAAAUCUCAUUCUGUCAUUGUUUGGUGGCGAAGUAAAUAGAAAGGCAAAAAUCAAUGUGGAUAACUUUUGGAAAUUAGUUAAACAUUAUAUUGCUACAGAACCUAACCAAGUUCAACUGUUAUCAAAGAUAGAGAAACUAUCUACAUUUUUCGAUAUUUACAGAAUACUGCGUCGAAAAUCAAAACGAAUGCCUAUUGAGCCGAUAAUUGAUGACCUACUAGGAGUUCUUAAAAAAUAUGGUAGCGUCAAAAAGACCAAAUCAAAAACAGCAAGAAAUAAAACGAAUCCAGAUUUGAAAAAUGAUAAUUUAAGUGUAAAAGUAUAUGCCGGUUCUGGUCGAGUAAAUGAUAAUGAGCCCUCCAAUGUUCUACGGAGUGAUUUGAAUUCCUCUAAAGAAAGACUUGACGACAGCGGUUUACAGUUUGCCGACAGCGGACAGAUUAGAAAUGAAGCAUUAAAAAAUGCAACACCUACUAAGGAAGCCGUAGUUCUAGUAAAGAGCGAGCCUAUAAUCAUAGAAAACACAUCGUGGGAAAGUAAGCCUUGGGCUAUUGGAAAUCAGGUGAAAAAUGAUGUUCCUCUGAUAAUGAACGGAGUAAGGACUGAACCAGAAACAAAUACAGAAAAGGACUCGUCGUGGAACACUGACGAAUGGGUGAAAUACGAAGAGCCAUCGAGUACGAGUACACCGCUUUCAGUCACAGAAAAGACACUGAUCAUUAAGGAAACGUCGGAAAAGGAUUUGCCAAAAAUCGCUCGUCAGUGGGUCAAGUACGAUGAACCGUCGAGUGCUGACUAUAGCAUUCAACUGGAACCUGACACUGUGCUUGAAAAAAUUGAGAAACCGUUGAUUAUUCCAGAAAAUACACAGAAUGCUGGUGUAUGGGUAAAAUAUGACGAACCGUUGAAAAUUAACGAUAAUACUAAGUACGUGCCUGCGCUUAAAUCAAGACUACAAAGUUCACCCGUCGUGCUUGAAGAUAUAAAUGAAAAGGAUUUGCCGUGGACGAUAAUGGACAAAGCUCUGAACGCUGACAGAAAUUCAAUUGCGUUGAGAACGGAGAAUGCAAAUGAGAACCCUGUAAAUGGUACACCAAUAAUAAACAAGGAUCCAUUAAACAUUGAGGAAAUAUUUUCGAGCGGGGACGGUAGCAUUAUACUAGAGCCUGACGCUGUGCCUGAAGCAAAUCUUGAAAAACUUUUGACUCCUGAAGCAAAAACGGAAAACGAUCUUCCGUUGAGCAUUGCCGAUAAUACUAACAACGUGCCUGGGGUUAAACUAAGACAACAACCCGAUAUACCUAACGUCAUGGAAGAAAUUACUGAAACGGAUUUGCCGUGGACGUUAGUCGAUAAAAGUCUGAACGGUGACAUAAAUCCAAAAGAGCCAGCUAUACUUGACUCAAGAUUAACAGAAGAUAAUCCAUUACACAUUGAGAAAAUGUUGGAAACGGUUAUGCCACUGUUAACUGAUAAAUGGGUGAACAACUAUGUACCGUUAGGAACUGGCGGUAGCAAACCAGAGCAGCUUAUGAUAAGCUCUAUAAUAAAACACAAUAACCCAUCCUACAUUGGAGAAAUAAAGGGAAACGAUAAUCCUUGGAUAACAUUAAACAACCCGUUGAGCGUUAAAAAUGUGUUAAAAGAAAACCCUGCGAUUGAUUCCUUGAAUAGUAAAGAAAUAUCUGAUAAAGAUGUUCCAUGGAUCUCCGAUGAAUGGGUACAAGAUGCUGUACCAUUGCGCGUUAAUAAUAUUGUAGAUAAAGAUUCUUUAAUUGGUACACCAAUCUUAAAUAAGACACCAUCAAACAAUGAGGAAAUAUUUAAUAAAGGUGUACCAUGGUUGACCAAUGAAUGGUUACAAAAUGCUGUGCCAUUGCACUUCGAUAAAAUUACAAAUGAGAACCCUAUGGGGUCAUCAAUAAAUGAAAAUAAUCCACUGAACAUUAAGGAAAUAUCAGAUGAUGUACCGUGGUUAGCUGAUGACGUGCCACCAAGCAUUGACGGUAUCAAGAAUGAGCCGCCUGUGAUGGACUCAAGAAUUAAACAAGAUUGGCUAAGGAUCCUUAAAGAAGCGUCAGAAGAUAAAACACCGUGGGCCAUGUUUGACAAUCCGCUAAGUGCUUAUGAUCAAGCCCUUGAGGAACCUGGAAUUGAAUCAAAAAUAAAAGAAAGCGAACCAUUGGACAUUGAGCAAAUAACAACACAAGGUUUGAAGUCGCUUCUUAAACCGCUAACUAUUGAAGAACUACCCUGGCAUAUAGAAGAUAGAAAACACAAAGAUUUGGCACAGCUAAUAGACGAAGAAGCGAUGAACGUUAUGCCUUGGACGAUAAACAAGAAUAAAUCUCGUAAUCCAUAUCAGAUUCACACAUACGUGAUAAAUCCAAACAGCAAAAUUGCUGGAAUGAAUUCCUUACAGUAUGGCAAUGGCGAUUUCAGCAAUCAAAAUCAUGUGGGACUUAUAUCUGCUUUGAAUAAAUACCAAAACAUGUAUGGCAGUCAAUUUCAACCGUCCCAACCGCAAAGUAUAGUGGGUAUUAAUCCAGGUUAUUCCCAAUCAGUAAUGACUGAGAAUCAAAGUUUUCUGCCGGUUGGUCCCCAGCCUUCUCGUGAACUGGACUUUAUGAAAAACAAUCCAACAAUGAUGCAAUCGAACACUAUUUUGAAUGAACCUUCCUUUCAGGUUUCUUCAGCGAACCAUAACAAAAUUGUUUCUGGACAGCAAGCUAAUAAUGGUAUAAUAAAUAAUCUACCGAUGACAGAAAAAAAUAAUCCAACGAAGGAAAAAUUUAUAUCUAAUACCCAACAAAACACACAUGGAUCUGAAUCUAAUAGGCUUACUGGCAAUAAAGUUUCAGUAGAAUCUAGUGUUAAUAUCGAUGUGGGGAACAAUCAACCCGCAGCAUCUCAAACGGCAUCAGCACACGCUGAGGCUUCAAUAUCAAAUAUGCCAUCAAAUGGAUAUGAAGGCCAAUCUAACAAGGAAUCAGGAAAGAAACUUGUAAUGGAAUCCAACGUUAAUUUAAAUAUAGGAAAGCAACAACCCUUAGCUCAAGAAAAAUCCCAAAAUAUCCAAGCCGGAUCGCAACCUCAAACGACAAUGCAAAAUGCACAUUCAUCGAAUUCACAAAUUAAUUAUAACACAUUGAAUGGUCGUCCUACAGUGCAGCAAACAAGUUUUAAUAAUGGGGGUUUAGUUCCCAUGACAGUCCCGUUGCAAUACCAGCCCAACAACCAAAUAAGUAAUAUAUAUAACUAUGGUGCCAGUCCUAACAUGAACGGAGUCAAGCCUUAUGGGGUUAUCAAUGUUCAACAACAGAGACCACAAUUAGCUGCUACCUACCAGCUAUUUUCUAUAAAUAAUUUGCUCAAGUUGAAUGAAAAUUUAAGAAAAAUUCAACUUGACACCCUUGAAAAUAAUCAGAAACUUGCAAUACUGAAUUUAAGAAGAAUUGUCAACUUACUUCUGAGUCUAGCAAAUCAUUUCGCUAAAAAUGGCAAAGGAAAUAAUUGGUAUGAAAAUGUAUUUUAUAACGUGAAGAAAAAUUAUCAUCCAUUACAGCCGUACGUUUAUGCUGUAAUUCGGCAACGUUGGUUGCACGAACUUUUGAUGGUUUUAAAUACCAAUAAUUAUAAUCUCCAAGCGCUGUAUAACCCUAAAAUAUUGUCGUUUUUGGCAGCAUGGAAAUUUCCUGAAACUAUUACGAGUUUCAUGAAUACAGAAAAACUAAUAGCUGACCGUGUUGAUUCUGGAAUGUCUUAUCCUCCAAGCCUAAUAACUCCAAUGAAUCAAGUUACUAAUAACGUAGUUGACAUCUCUAAUGUAGGAACGAAUGCCGGAGCAAACAAUGUCCAGAUAGCCGAGGCUGAUGCUAAUGCUGUACUAGCAAUACUUCAAAAAUAUAUGCGCUUUAACAUGUAUCUUCAAAAAAAGGAGGAGAACGAAACUGGUGCAAAUAAAAUGAUGGUACUGAAAGAAAUUGCACUAUUUUUAAAACAGAAAGGGUAUGGACUUACUACAAUAAAAGACUUGAUUCGAAAAGUUCAUGGAGAAAUGGAUUUUGCUGAAAGCCAUACAUGUCAUACCGGAUAUAAGCCAGAUGUUGUACAUCAUCUAUAUAACGUUAUAUUUCCAGUUUUGAGAAGGUCCGCACAGUAAAUAAUAAAUAAUUAUUAAUAAUUGCUUCUCAAAAUAAAAAUUAUGUAUUUAGUCGUGCAGACUGAUGCUUUAUAUUAAUUUGUAUUCCUUUAUAUUUUGUAUUUUAAAAGUACUCAUAUUUAUUCUAUGUAGACGACUUUGUUAUAGCAGUAUGUACCUUUGUGACUUAUCGUCAAUACUCGUUACUUUAAUUAUCAUGUCGACAUGCUC